GCCACUCUGUACCUGUGUGUUGACUGCCUGCAGUUCACUUCGGGCUCCGCUCAGAUCCCCUCUCUCAACCUCUCGGCACCUUGCCUCUUCUCUUCUACCUGCGGCCAUGAGGACCACGGUGCUGGCUGUUGUCAUGGUGACAUGCCUGAUGAUGGUGGUGGACGCUGACGUGAAGCCACAGAGAGACUUCAACCUGCAGAGGUUUGCAGGGAAAUGGUACCGUGUGGGUCUGGCCUAUGACAGUCCAAGUUUUGCCCCUUACAGAGACAGGAUGAAAGCCUCCAUGGGCAUCGUGGCAGCACUGCCCAACGGGAACGUUAACCUCACCAUGUGGGAUUCCAUGCCGUGGGGCUGUCAGAGUAAAACGUACCACUAUGAGAGGACCACUGUUCCUGGACAGUUCAACUACUUCAGCGCACGCCAUAACAUGGUUAAGGACAUCACAGUGGUGGACACAAACUACAAUGAAUACGCUGUGGUUCUCAAACACAAGGUUUAUAACAGAGAGUACACACAGGUGGCCCUUUACGGUCGUUCUCUCAGACUGAGGAUCGAUAUCAUUCAGAAGUUUAAAGGCUUCGCCUCAUCCCGAGGUUUAUCCAGAGAUUCUAUUCUGACCCCACCUCCACCAGAAAACUGCCCACCCUCUGCAUCUGGACGUUAGGUCGGUCUGUUUCUUCUGGAAACCAAAGGCAGUUCAUCUCAGAUUCACGUGUGUGUGUGUGUGUGUAUGUGUUUGUGUGUUUCUGUUUCUGCCUCCAGGUUCCCUUAUAUACCUCAGAUCAAGUAUUUUCUGCUUUAUUCUGAAGUACAUUAAAGCAAAAAUCCUCUGUCUGGCUGCAAACAUGAUGAAUGAUACAUUAAUGAAUCCUCUUCUAAAACCUAUUUUAUGUUACGUUUUACUUCAUUUGUAUUGUUCCGCUGUGAUGACGUAGUUAAAUAAAGAAAUAGAAAAUAGAAAAACUUC